AUGAUGUUGCCCCCAGGCUUUAAGAGUAACAAGCCCAAUCAAGUAUGCAGGCUGCUGAGAUCUUUGUAUGGUUUGAAACAGGCUAGCAGACAAUGGAAUGUCAAACUCACAAAAACUCUCCAAGAUAAUGGUUUUAUCCAAUCUUCAGCAGAUCCAUCACUCUUUACCAAAAGAUCACAAACAUCUUUUAUUGCCUUGCUUGUGUAUGUAGAUGAUAUACUUGUGGCAGGAACAAAUGAUAAUCAGAUCAAGGAAUUGAAGCAAAUGUUGGAUAGUUCAUUCAAGAUCAAAGAUUUGGGCAAGCUCAAUUACUUUCUAGGAAUUGAAGCUUACAGAACUCCCAAUGGCAUCAACCUAUGCCAAAGAAAAUACACACUGGAAAUCCUAAAGGAAAACAACUUCCUGGAUGCUAAGCCUGCUAAGACUCCCUUCACAACAGGCCAAAGACUCAACAACACAGAUGGUAAACUUAUAAUAAACCCUGAGGAAUUCAGAAGAUUAGUUGGAAAGCUUCUCUAUCUCACCAAUACCAGGCCUGAUAUAUCUUAUGCUACUCAACAGCUAAGUCAAUUUGUAGACAAGCCCAGAGAUAUACAUCUAAUUGCAGCUCAUAGGGUAUUAAGAUACCUCAAAGGCUCUCCUGGAAAAAGGUUGUUUUAUCCUUCCAACUCUCCUACUAAGCUGCUGGCUUUCUCUGAUUCAGAUUGGGCCACAUGCACAGAAACCAGGAAAUCUGUUACUGGUUAUUGUGUAUAUCUUGGAAAGUCUCUCAUCUCUUGGAAGACUAAGAAGCAAGCUACCAUAUCAAGGUCUUCAGCUGAAGCAGAAUAUAGGGCACUUGCUUCUACAGUUUGUGAAAUUCAAUGGUUAUCUUAUCUCUUAGCAGAUUUGUUGGUUAAAAUUGACAGUCCUACUGCUCUAUUUUGUGAUAGCAAGUCUGCCAUUGCUAUAGGGGAGAACCACGUCUUCCAUGAGCGCACAAAGCAUAUAGAAAUAGACUGUCAUGUGGUAAAACAGAAGGUUCAUGAAGAGAACGAGUGGAAGGAUCCAGUUGAUAAUAAAGGUAAUCGAAAGCCUAAAACCAACUGGAGAGCGAUGAAGAAAGAAUGGAAUAUGAUUUCAACUCAAAAGCAAUGA